AUGUCGGCCUCCCAGCUCAACGUCGAUACCUCGUCCUCCCCGCGGCAACCUCUUGACAGCCAGAAAAAUGCUGGCGCCGACAUGUCCAUGAUGGCCUUUGUCCAGCCCGGCUGCCCGUCUAGGUUCGCCUACCAGAAUGAGCAUCGUGUCAAAGGGCUCAACGCAGAAACCCUAGCGAGGGUCUUCCUUCCAACGCCCUCAUGGCUGUCGACUCCAGAGUAUGCAGCAAUCCGGUCAGAUCCUGACAAUCCAUCGACCUGCAUCUUCUUGAGCCUUAAUAUUUCCAUAUACAACCAACAGAUAAUCCCCUCGGAAUGGACCGAGCAGUGGUUCUUUAUGGUCGGCCGUGUUCAUCCCUUUGCCCUGACGUGGGAAAUCGAGCGACGUGAUAGCUUCGAGUCGGAGGAUGACAACAUUACAGAAUACACCAUCCCGGCUCUCAUCGUCCGCGACCACAGCUACCAGCCAGUCAUCCCUCGCACCCUCGGCUCGGCGGAUGCCUUCCCAGCGAUACAACCCAUUGUCUCCUUCACGGGACCUGUCAUCGGUUCCGGCCGCGACCUUCUGCAUGGAAACUCGGCUGCGGCCCUUGACGACACCCAGCUGAGCUGUUGCGGCUUUGUCCAGCUCUCGACCUUUAUCUGUCCUGGGAUUCCGGGCAAAACACCCUUCAAGGGCUUUCAUCCCUUUCAACUUUUCGUCAUCUUCCCCAUUCACGCCAAUCCUUGA